AUGAGUGACUCACUUCCAGUGCACGCAUACAAGACUCUUGGCGUUCCUGUCGGGUGUGAGGAUGACAACCUUAUUGACAGCACCUACCACUCGUCUCGCAAGCUCCCCGUUUCCGAGCAUGCAACCCCGGAGGAACGUGACGCGGUUGUGCGAACCAUCCUUCUUAGGCGUCUCUCCUAUGCAUGUAUUUGCAGCUCCACACGCCGGUCCAUCUACCAUCAGGUCUCGAAGCUCAUCUCUGAUCUCUCGAAAGACCCUGUUUCGGCCAAGGUUAUUGUUGCUGAACCUCAGAUAAGCUGGACAGAUGAUAAUGCCCGUACUAACUACUGGAGGAUUUGGGCAAAGACUGUGGUACAGGGGCCCGUCGGCUUCUCGUCGAUCAACAAGGCCAAGUGGUUUGAUCCCACCAUUCUGCGCGGCUUUCUCUCGUAUGCAAGCGUCACAAUUACUGCCAGGCUAACUAUAUCCAUUACGGCCCACUUUUAUAAAGCAAAUCAGACGGCUCUAUCAAUUGAAACAAUGCGCCUCGAGAAGGUCGCUACCUCUGCUGGAAACGCCAUUCUUCUUGGCUCCUCGCAGACAAGGGCAGACGUGUUCAAAAGCUCUAUUAGUGACAUCUCUGAUACCGCGGUAGAACAGCUGGCUCCUCUUGCAGGCUUCCUGCGAUGCUCCACGGGAACCAGCAUUCCCAAGAAGAUCGAAGUUAAAGACUCCCAGCAGAUUACUUCGAGUGCUUUGAAAGACGCGUUUACCGAUGACGCAGUUAUGGAUCUGACGGCCUCUCUCAUUGAAUCAGCAGGGGCUGUAAUAGGAGCCACAGAAGCAGAGGUGGUCGAUUCCAUAACCAAGAAGUAUCCCGGUCUCACCGGCCUGGAUCUCUCCAUCAGCAACGUAGACAUUAACGCGUCUAUACCCGAGCACCACAUGUUUACCUCCGAAGCAGGAAGCGUUGUUGUUCUGCAGGUUCCCGUCGCUGUUCAAGGCUAUAAGUGGGACCAGACCCUCAGAUACGUCUUGGUUAAUCUCAUCACCGGCAACAUGUGUGGCACUGCAGGCGUGAGCAGGAGCAAACAGGGCAUAGGCAAGUUUGCUGCUCUGUUUAAGGGCAAAGGCAAGGGAAAGGACAAACACAAGGAAUCGGCUCACGAGGCAUCAACCUCGGGGAGUGUAAGCAAACCAGACACUACUCCGAGCACUCAGGUUGAGGACCAGACAUCGGCAUCACUGAAGCCGGCGUCAGAGGCAGCGAGUGCACCAGCAGCGGCAUCUUCUGCAACGUCGCCGCCACAGCUCAAGACGACGUCGCCACCACCACCGCCACCUCCAGCGGUUGUGUCUCCCUCAAAGCCACCGGCGCCGGCAACCCCCACGACUGCAGCGGACGCUUCCAAGCCUACCUCGGACAUUAAGCCUGCAGGAGCGUUCUUUAUCAAUAAGAAGAUUCUCGGGCCCAUUGACUCGGAUACCUCGUCGUCCGAUUGA